AUGGAGAAUCAGACAGCGAAUAAUACUAACGUUACGGGAGAUGUGACAGAACAGCAGGGCUUACCAGCCGACAAAAUCAUCAUCUGCGUCGUCUUUUACAUCAUCGUUAUUGUUACCAUCGUCGGCAACGUCCUGGUGCUGAUGGCCAUCAAGGCAGAGAAGCGGCUACAAACCCUGUUCAGCUAUUACAUCAUCAACCUCGCGGUGACAGACAUCGCUGUGGCGGUGACUGCCAUGUCGUUUUACACCCUGGACGUCACCCUGGGGUACUGGCCGUUCGGGGAAAUCAUGUGUGCCAUCUGGAUCUUCUGUGACUACGGCAUGACGUUCGCGUCCGUGUUCACCCUCAUCGCUAUCUCUCUGGACCGCUUCUGGUCUGUGACAUGGAGUCUUCAUUACCGGACUCACCACACUCGCAAAAAGUGCCUUAUAAUCAUCGGUGCGAUAUGGUUGUUUAUGUUGGUCCUUUGGCUGCCGCCGUGUGUGGUGGACCGGAUACGGCACAGAAAACCUGGGGUGUGUAUCUGGGAGCCGUCCCUCAACAGGGAAUUCGUCAUCGUGAUCGCCGUGGUAGGCCACCACGGAGCCUUCCUCGUGCUCAUGUUCUGCUACAUCCGGGUGCUGCUGUUCAUGCGCAGGAGAAGGGUCAACGUCAUCGAGAAGCAGAAGGUUGUAAAUCCAGACGGCGUCACUCUGGCUAAUAAGCAAUUGUCAGUUAUAGACGUUGGUGAAAGUUUUAUGAGGACUGGACCAGCCAAUGAGAGAAGAACGGAGGUUUCCACUGGACGAAUACAAGUUCAUCCAGAACAACUUGAUGUAAUUGUCGGGACAUCAGAAAGGUCGAAAUCUUCGCAUAAUUCCAGAGACAGGAAAGUCUUUGUGACUCUGACGUAUAUCAUCGCAGGAUAUGUGAUUUGCUGGUUGCCGUUUCAUAUUGUGUUUGAUGUUAGCUGUGUUUCUCCGGAUUUGGUUCCUAAGGAGAUCUACACGAUGACGUUUUGGAUGACUUACCUGAACUCUACUCUAAACCCUUUCCUGUACAAUUUCAGCAGCAAGGAACUUAGACAUGCCUGUUUGAAAGUAUUAUCGGGUAGAUGCCGGACACCUUGA